AUGACUAAGAAGCGUAUAAUUUUCUGGGUGUCUUUGAUCCUAACAAUAGGAAGACAAGUUGGCUUGGAGGAGAACAAGUGCAAGCACAACGUGGAGGCCAAUUUGUUCGAAUUUUUAAGCCAAAAAAGGUACGUGAUUGUAAUUGAUGAUAUAUGGGACAUUGUACCAUGGAAUGGUUUAAAGAAUGGUAUUCCAACCAAUUCUGAGAAGGGUAGUAGAAUAAUAAUCACUUCUAGGAAAAAAAAUGUAGAUGUUAAUAAAGGAGGAGGUGGGCAAAAAUUUCUACAUGAGUUGCAACCCUUAGACCAAGAAAAUAGUAGAACCCUCUUCUUCAAUAUUGUUAUGGCUGCCUCACAAAACAGUGGUGAAAGUAGUUGUCCCUCACAAUUAAAGAAAAUUGGUGAGCAAAUAUUAGAAAGAUGUCGUGGUGUGCCACUUGCAAUAGUGGUGACAGCGGGUCUAUUGUUGUCGAGAGAGAGAACACAACAAGCAUGGAAAGAGGUAUUAGAGAGCAUGGGCCAAGAUGAAGACCAAUACUCAUCUAUCUUUGCACUCAGUUAUAAAGAUUUACCUUCAAAGUUUAAACCAUGCUUUCUAUACUUGGGACUUUUUCCAGAGGACCAUGAAAUUUCCACAUUCGAAUUAAUUAAUUUAUGGGCAGCUGAGGGAUUUAUACAAGGCAGUGAAUUGAGGGAGGUUGAAGAUGUCGGGUAUGAUUACCUAAAUCACUUGAUAGGUAGGAAUCUUAUUCAGGUUGUUCGAAGAAGGUUCAAUGGAAGGGCUAGAAGUUGUCGCAUUCAUGAUAUUUUGCACAAUCUUUGCAUUCGAGUGGCCAGUGAGAUUAAUUUCUUUAGCACUCACAAUCAUGUAACCAGCCAUAAUUCUGCUUUGGGAAUACGCAGAAUGACUAUCCAUGGUAUUAAUUUUGCUGAUUACAUAUCUUUAAAUCAUCAAGCUCCCAAGCUUCGUGCUAUGUUGUAUUUCGGUGAAGGCAUGUAUAAUUUUAGAAGGAAUCGAUAUAAGGAUUUUCUUAGCUGGUUCAAAUUUCUUCAUGUGCUAAGUGUUAGGUAUUAUUAUCUUCCAACUUCUUUUCCCAAUGAAAUUAGCAAUUUGAACCACUUGAGUUACCUUAAAUUGGCAGCAGCUGUUGCAGAAAUUCCUUACACCAUAUGCAACUUAAAAAGUCUGAUGACCUUGGAUCUUAGUGGAUGUGACGUAGUCAUCAUUCCUAAUCUUAUUUGGAAAAUGCAACAAUUACGACAUAUCCUCUUGCCCGAUUACUGUAAUUAUAUUUGCAAGGCUCCCUCAUUUCGGGAGGUUUCUGUACCAAAUCUCCAAACCCUACAAGGGAUGUCUACUUCUCUUUUCGAGGCCCAAUACUUGCCCCAAUACUUGCGCAAACUUAACAAUUUGAGAGAAUUGGUAGUUGCUCAUUCAACCGAGAGUAUCAUUGAGGUAUUAUCGGGUGCAACCCCUGUAUCACAUGGGCUAGAGAAAUUGAGCUUAUUGGAUCCUUGGUCUUUGGAGUUGAGUCUGAAAGUAACUUCCAGAACAUUCAAUCUAUCUCGAUAUGAAAAUCUGUCUAAGUUGAGUCUGAAAGUACGAGUGGAGUGUCUUCAACAUGACAAAUUUCCCCCAAACCUCACCAUGCUUACCCUUAAGUACACUUAUUUGAAGGAGGACCCGAUGGACACUCUGAAGAAACUCCCGAAACUAAAGAUCCUCAAAUUGUGCUGCAAAUCAUAUAAUGGGGGGGAGAUGGUUUGCUCUGGAGAACCUGGUAACUUCCCUGAACUUGAAGUAUUGCGAAUUGAAGACAUGAGAAAUCUGUGGCAGUUCAUAGUUGAAGAAGGAGGAAUGCCAAAACUCAAAGACUUCUCCUUCAUUGAUUGCAAUCCAAAAACAAGGAUUCCAAAUAGAAUCAAAAGCAUAUUGAUGAUUUACCGAUUAAAAGUCACCGAUUGGCUAUCACAAUGA